AUGUUUUCCCAACGUCUCCUGAAGAUCUGCUACCACGCUUUUUAUCUCCUUGUUGUUGCAGCCAAAUCGUCUUCUGAGCACAUUGGCAACAUCUUUUCCGAUUAUUACCAUGGUACCCCACAGCGAGAUGUUCUUCAUAUCUCUCAACUUUGCUUUGCCUGUUCCAAAUUGUCAUCUCAAGGAAUGUCACUUCCAACAAGUACUUUUUUGUCAUUUUCAUUCCACAACACUAGAUCUUCUAGUGGUAGCCUUUCUGCCUUCUUUGUGAAACUGUACUUUAGUCAUCACUUGCUUCGUAGGUCCCUUUCCUUCAUUGAUUUCAUCAAUCUUCCUGAAGGAAAGUGUCAUUUUGAUACUUAUUUUUCAUUCUUCUUUCUUUUUUUCUUUCUUUCAUUUCCUUUUUAUUUCCAUCUUUUUCUUCUUAAGAACUUUCUUGUUAUUUACGUUCUUAGUAUUUUUCUCUCUAUUAUUCCUUCUAAACUGACUUCCGGUUUUGUUUUAUUUCGUUCUUUUUCUCUCACCACACCCUUCACAUUCGUUAGUUCGUUUUUCGUUGCUUCUUUUACUUUUUUUCUUACAUUUUAUACUUAUGUCUUUCACAGCAUUUUUUAG